UAAAAGAAAUAAAUUUAAAUAGAAAGACCAAAUGAUUCUAAAAUGCUUUAAGUUUUAUUAUUUAAAGCAGAAGCUAAUUGGUCAUAUGCAAUGGAUCUUAAAAAAGUUAUCACUAAUAGUCAAGACAAAAAACCUAAUACGCGUAAAUAACAUCAUGUUAAAAGAAAAUUAGCUAAAUCUUUAAAAUGGGCUAGAUUACUAAAUGGAAUUUGUAAAUAAAGAACAGAUGCAAAUACUUAAUAAGAGUGCGAAGCCUACGAAAAAUAUAUAGCUGGAAUUCACUUUUAAGAAAGAUAAGAAUGGAGAAAAGCAAUAGUUAAUUUCAUUAAAUCAAGAACUAUUUAUAAUGAGUUAAUUGAAAAAUCUGAUUCACUCUAAUCAGUUUUUUAUAAAGAAAAAACUUAAUUUCUUGAAUAAUCAAUUAGAUACUGCCAUUAAUAAAACGAUGGAUUUAUAAUGGAUACUUUAGAAUAAAUUGUCGCUAAAUAUUCUAAAAAUUAAAACGAAAGUGGAGAAUAAAUGGAAAUAGAAGGAUAAAAUACCCGAAAUUCUCUUUAAAUAGAAUAAAAAAAUAGUUUUAUUGAAGUAGAAUGGAGAGGUCAAAAGUACCCUAUUAAACAUCCAAAAGCACUUAAUUAUUAUAAAGAAAUUUAAUAAUAAGAACAUAAGUUAUUUUAAAAUAAGUCAACAAAAGAAAAUUAAAUAGAAAAUGAAGCUUUACAUAAUGAAGACUUAUUAAGUAAAAUAUAUAAAUAAAAUAAAGAUACUUAUUUUCAUCAAUAUAAAAAAGGUCUCUAUUUAGAAAUAUUUAGUUUAUAUGAUGAUUGUAUAAAAGUAAUGUUGAAAGAAAAAGAUGAUAAAAACAAUACUGAAGGUGAAAGUGAAAUAUAUGGAAAUAUUGUUAAUUUCUUAAUCUUGAGCAAAAUUAAACUUAUAUUGGAAAGAAACACAUUUUUAAUUAGAAAUGCAAUUAAAUAAUUUGAUAAAGAAGACGGUAUUAAUAAUUUAGAAUUCCUCUCUACUAAAAAGGCUUUUAAAUAAAAAUUCAUUAGGCCUACAGAAAUUAUUAAAUUAUGUGAUAAUAUAUUGUAAGUUUUUAAAUAAAUAAUGGAAAUAGAAAGAUAAAACCCUAAUUUGGAACAUUUUAGAAAAUUGGAUGUUUUAGAAAUUUACUAUAAAGCAGUAAGAUGUUAUUAUGUUGCAUGUGUUUAUUUUGCUAACCAAAAAUAUAUUGAAUCUUUAUCUUUAUUAAAAUAAUGCGAAAAUUUUAAUUAAAUGUGUGAAGGAAAAUUCUAAGAUAUCAAAAAUUUAGUUGAAUAAAGAUACUUGACUGAUAAUAAAAAAUUAAAUUCACAAAUAAAAUAUUUAAUAAUAAAAGCUAAAAUUGGAAUGGUUGAAAAUCAAACUGAAGAUCAAACUAAUAUAAUAACAAAUUUGGGAGAUACAAAUAUUGAUGGAAAAUUAAGCAUUAAAACUAUUCAAUCAUUAAUUGAAAACUCUGAAGAAAGAGUUAGAAGCAAUUUGAGCUUUAAUAAAAUCUAGAAUAUUCCAAUUAUGAACUUUCCUCCUAGAAUCGAAUAAGUUGGAUGCAAAUUAAUCUAAUUUGAUUUAGGAAAUAAUUAUUUAUAAUAUCCUAAAAUAGAAGAUAAAGAAAAAACUUAAUCAAAACAAAGUAUAUUAUCUAAAUUAAAAUUCUGGAAAUGA